UUCUCCUACUCAGGUUGCACAUGCGCAGUGUAACAUUCAACAGAGGAGGGCAGUUUAAAGGUAGUAACUAAAGCCAUGUAGUUAUGGUUACAACUUGAGGCUGGGUAUAGUCUAAUACCGAUGAGAGAAUAUCUGAAAAUAUAAUUAUAAUGAGCAUAUUGCUUUGAACAAAGCUGACAGGAAGGACUUAAACUGCACAUGCUUUUAUGGAACAAUACGUGAGGGAAGCUAAAAGGAAAUUGAAUCUGAAUGAAAUCCAAUCUGAAUACAAGCAAAAAAGAAGCAAAGGAUUGCAGCAGUCACAGUGGGACGCACGACAGGGAAAGGACCGGCUGUUUACUGAUAGAAUUGUUACAGAACAUAGAGAAGAUCAAGGAGUCUGAUAACAGGUGCAUGUCUACUCUCUCAACUAAACUAUGAUGGAUCGAACAGUGAUCUCUCCUCUCAAUAUCCACCCCACAGCCCCUGAGACAUUCUCUGUACUGCAGCAGAGAAUGUGUGUGGCAGAAGAGCAGACAGAAGCAUUAAUUAGUGACUUGAGAGCACUUGGUGUUAGCAGUGAGAGAUUUGAGAGUAAAGACUUUGCAAAUCAAAAGCCUGCUCACAUCAUGCGGCCAGUCAGUCCUCUAAAGGCAAGGUUAGCAUUUACAGGGGACAAUGAUACAUUGUGGAAGAACUGCGAGAAUCUGGUAAAUCGCAUGUGCCAUAUUGAAAGCGUAAUGCAGACACUAAAGCUCAGUGUCUUUCGAAUGCAGACUGAGCUGAAACUGAAUCCAAAGCACACAGCUGAGCUGGAACAGCGACUGAAUGAAGUUCAGGAGGAGCACUCUGAAGAAAUAAGAGAUGCACAGCUGGAAAUCAUGAGGCUACGGCAAAGACUUAGUAGUGAGACAGAGAAGCGGGAGAGAGAAGAGGCAGCGAAGGAGAGGCUGAGCGCUGCCCUGGAAAUCGCAACAGCGACUAAGACUGAUGUGUCAAUAGCUGCUGAGGAGAUGAAAGCUACAAAACUUCGUAUGAACCAAAGACUGAGAGAGUUACAGGAGCAGCUUUCAGAGGAAAUUGCUUUACGUUCUAUAUUAGAGGAGGAACAAGCAGUUAUGCUGAAAAAUGUGCAUGACAUGAAGCAAGUUGUGGAAGAUGAACGAGCUCAGGUGCAAGAACUCCAGCAGGACUGUCAGAAAUUGCGCAGCGAUGGGCAGGAAGUGAAACAAAGGCUGUAUCAGCAGGAGGAGAAAAUAGUCAAACUGGAACAAUUAAAAAUGCAGCUCCAGGAAGACCUAGAAAAAAGAGACUCUGUCAUCAGCCAACUACUUGAGGAGGUGAAGAACAACCAGAAGUGUUGUGAUGCACAGCAGGCUGAGCUUGCAGUAAUAAAAGCUGAUUCGGUGGCUCUACGGGAAGCAGCGGAAAAAGUUCAGUCUUUGAACCAACAACUGGAAAUCCAGUGCUCAGAACUCACAGCCGCCAUGCAAACACUUACAACAGAGAAUAUCCAGCUUCAGGACAAACAUGAGCAAGAAAUCAAGACACAAAAGGAGACUAUGACCCUCAAAAUGCAGGAACAGAAAGUGUUGCUGACUGCUGCCAAGAAAGCCCUAAAAGCAGAGGUUCGGGAGCUGCAGAAUCACAGGACCCAACUUGAGAGAGAGUUGGAAGUGCUUCGAGCUGACCACUCAGCAUGUCAGAAGAAGGCAAUACAUGCAGAACAGAAAACAGCCACACAGAGGGAGUUGCAGGAGUCAACAAUUGCCUGUCUGAGGGGUGACCUGGACUCAGCCCUGAAAGAAAAAAUAAGUUUAGAGAAUGAGAGGGAUUCAUUACAAGCUAAGCUGGGUAAAGCUCUAAAUGAAUUCAAAGAGAAGAAACAAAACCUAGAGGUUGAAUUGGCUGAAAAAAAGCUAGAGUUGGAAUCUGUGCAAACCACAUUGCUAUCUCAGGAGCAAGAGAACAGGAAACUUCUGGAUCGUACGGCAACACUUGAGCAGACUCAGAAUGCUCAGAGUCAGGUUGAAGUGUUAAUUCAUGAACUGAUGGACAGCAAAAAUAAGCUGGCAUAUGAAAAAGGGAAAUUACAGAGCACAGUAACACAGUUAAAGUCAGAGUUGCAAUCUAUCUGUGAUGCCCAGUCAGAAAACUCUCAGCUCUGUAAGCUCAACACUGCUCUUGAAACAAAGUACACUCAGGUAAACAGAGAUUUAGGCUCAUGUCGAAUUCAGCUGCAAAGGAUGGAAUCCAAACUCAAGCAGACUCAAAGUUUUCUUCUGCGUAAGGAGAAUGACUUUAAACUAGCUGUUAAGGCUAAAGACGAAGCACUGAAAGAGGAAAAAAAGCUAAGAACACUUUUAGAAGCUGCGGAAGAAAGAGAGAAGCAAAAUAGAAUAUCUAUGCAGCAGAUUUGUGAUAUACGAGAGGAAAGGAACAGAAUAUCAAGUACACUGGAGAAAGUACUGUCUUCCCAUACACAGCUUCAGCAAGACCUUGAGAAAUUACAGACAGAACUUGGAAGGAAAGACUGUGAGAUUGCAGGGCUGCUAAAGGAUAGAACCCAAAGUCAAAAAGAGAUACAGAGACUACAAGCUGAACUUUCUGAGUGCCAAACCAGACUUCUCUCUAUUGACAUCCAACAACGUGGUCAGCUGGAGUCUUUGCAUCAUGCAGUAGAGGCAGCUUGCAAAGAUAAUCGCACCCUUGCACAUAGUCUGGACCAAGCUCUACAAGAGAAUUUCAUCUUACAGGGCCAUGUGAAAGGACUGAAAAGGAAACUACAGAGUAAGAUGGAAGAGAUGGGCAGGUUAAGGGCUCACACUGAGGAAAGUGCCAGAGAAAAAGCGCAUAUAUUUGAAGAGAAGGUGGCAGCCCUUAAAAAGCAGCACCAGAUUAAUCUUACAGCAUUAAAAAGAGCAUCACGGAAGGAGUUUACAGAGAUAAGAAAUGCCUUAGACAGCGCUACUGCAAAAUCAGCAGAGCUUUCCCAAACAAACAGAGAACUUCGACAUAGACAGUCUGCACUGGAAAAAUCAGCAGUAGAACAGAAGGAGCAGAUCCACAGCCUAAAAACAGAGCUAUCAUCUCACAUAGAAAUCAAGGCAUGUCACAAACAGUCUGAAAAAAUACAAGAGAUGCAGACUCAACUGAAACACUUAGAACAAGUAAAGGAGGAAUAUGAGAAGCAGAAUAAGGAACAGGCCCAACGUAUUCAAGGGUUUCUCGCUGAAGUGAGCAGUCUGCGGGCAGAUUCUCAGAAAAAACAGGACUCUUUGCUGUGCAGUCAUUUGGAGAAGGAGAUGCAACUCAGAAAAGAGCUUGAUGAUAAGUGUGAGGGACUGGAAGAGAAAGUGCGAGUACUGCAAGAGGAAAAAGAGAUAAUGAAGCAGAAACUGCGGGAUGCUAGUGCUGAAUCUGAACAAAUCAGCCUUUAUCUUGAAGAGGCUCGCAACUGGUUCCACUCCAGAUUUAAGGAACAGCAGAUGGAGCUUGUAAACAACAAACAGAAAAAGAGUAGCCAGCCUUUAAUAUGGGACACUGAAGAGGUAAAAUUUACGGAUCAGACUCUCGUCCCAGCCGUGAACCUUUGGAAGACCAAACAGGAGCUAAAACUGAUGUCAAGAUGUAAUGUCACUGGAGUAAAACAUGGAGAAAGUAACUAAAAUUAAGGGACAAUCAUUGUAUUAUGCUUUUCUUUUAAAGGAACAUAAAGCCAAAAAUUAGCAACAAAUGACAUAGCCAGUGUAAUAUACUAAGGGCAAAACUACAAGAUAUAGAGAAUAAAGGAAGUAGACAGUGAAAAGCUUAAAAAGAAAAAGGCAGUAUAUACCUGACUGGUGAAUGUCAUUUUUCAAUAUAAAUAUAUUUUGUGCUAUGUGUAUUAUAUUCUUAGCUUCAUUUACCUAUUUUGUUGAUGUCAGGAUACGUUAUUUGCCUGUAUGACAUGUUACGGGAUAUGGACUGGCAGCAAUACAGAAAAACACUGAUUAUUAGCAAGAAGUUUGAAAAAGCAUUUUUGGACCAAACAAAUAUUUUAUUGCUCACUUUAACCCUUUAGCUGCCAGGAUCUAUGUUGCCUUAAUAUAAAGUGCCAUUAAUAUAAAUUUUACAUUUCCACAUUUCAUUUAAAUUAAUAGAAAACUUGUUAGGCAAAGUGUGGCACCACAGUGCCUGUGGCCGCUGGCAGCCAAAGGGUUAGAUCACCGACACUGCAUUAGUUCGGUGUGUGGGAGGCUGCAGAAGUCACACAGUAGAUAGAAAUAAAGAGGAUAUUUAACCAGAUCUCGGUUAUUGUUUACAUUUUGUCACAUAAUGUCUACUUUGAAAAUGGAAAUAACCUAUAUUUUGGCAAUAGAUUUUAACGUAAUCUCAAACUAAGGCAAAGUGUAAAUAUCUGAUUAGCUAAUGCUAAAUAAUAAUGACAAUAGAAAAAAUACUUAUUGGUGUAUAUAUAUGUAUAUAUUUUUUUUUUUUUUCAAUUAGGUUAAAUGUACCGUUUUUUAUUUCAGUUCUAUAUAUUUUGUGUGCUUUUGAGUAUUUAUAGAUAUUUUAUUUAUUAUUUUACAGAAUGUAAAUGUAAAUGUGCUAGUAUUAUUGGUUAGCAACCUUUUUUUAUGUUGCUAUACAUUAAAUAUCAAGACUUUACAGAUAA